GUUAUGAUUUCAAAUUUGAAUUCGGGACAACGCCAGCAACGCCGGUUCAUUCAUUACGUUAUUCGGGACGCGGUUUAUUUACAAUUUAAAAGUCGACGAUGUUCUUAAACAUCCUUGAAACUAGGUAAAAUAAUGGUGAAAUGGAUAUUGUCGUGAAUUUAAGUGUAAUUCGUAAAGUAAUACAUUCCUUUUUGACAAUAUCGAAAACCGAAUGAGUGAAAAAUAUAUGAACGAAAUGACUGACGAAGUUGCUAAAAACAAUGCUGUUGAGGAAAUGGAAGUUGAAGAAGAGGAUAUUGGCCUGGAUAUGGAUGAAGAAGGUGGGUUAAGAGUGGAUGACGACAUAUAUAUACCACCACCUCUUCCAGCAACAAAUCAACUGAAUAGUAAUGGUCCAAGACUAAUGAUCAAUAAGAUUGUGAAUGAAAAUUUUAAAAGUUAUGGAGGUACAAAGGUCAUUGGCCCAUUUCACAAGUGUUUCUCAGCUAUUAUCGGGCCGAAUGGAAAUGGCAAGAGUAAUGCAAUAGAUUCAAUGUUGUUUGUAUUCGGAUAUAGAGCUAGUAAGAUUAGGUCAAAGAAACUAUCAGUUUUGAUACACAAGUCAGAACAGUAUCAGAAUAUCACUAAGUGUACAGUGUCUGUACAUUUCCAACAAAUUAUUGAUAAACCCGGUACGGAUUAUGAUGUUGUCCCAAAUAGCGAAUUUGUUAUAUCGCGAUCAGCAUUUAAGGAUAAUUCAUCUUAUUACGAAUUGAAUAAGAAGAAAGUUCAGUUCAAAGAGAUUGCCAAACUUUUGAGGUCUCAUGGUGUAGAUUUGAUUCACAAUCGUUUCUUAAUUUUACAGGGGGAAGUAGAACAAAUAGCAAUGAUGAAACCUAAGAGUCAGAAUGAGAACGAGACUGGUAUGCUUGAAUAUCUAGAAGAUAUAAUCGGAACGGUUCGGUUCAAAGAACCGAUAGAAAAGUUAUCAGAAAAAGUAGACCUUCUGACGGAAUAUAGAGCUGAAAGAUUAAAUCGCCUUAGGAUGGUUGAGAAAGAAAAAGAAGGUUUAGAAGAACCUAUGCAGGAAGCUAUCCAAUACUUAGAGGUGGAAAAUGCAAUUACAAAACUGCAACAUGAAAUUUAUUGUCAUCAAAGAUAUAAAACAACAGAAGAGCUCGCACAACAAGAGGGUAAAGUAAAUGAAUUAGAGACGGAUAUGUCCAAUCUUAUGAGUAAAAUGAAAGAGAUUUCUGAUGAGAAAGAGGAAAAGAGAAAAGUAAUGGAAGAAAGAAGUAAGGCAUGGAAUGAUUUACAGAAACGGAAAGAUAAAAUUGAUACGGAGUUUGAUAAUCUGAGAAAACAUGAUGAGUCGCUUCACGCGGAAUUCGUGGAAACGAAUAAAAGACGGAAAGCUAAUAUUGCAUCUUUAAGAACAGAGAAAUCUAAUCUUGAAGAACAAUCUAAGGUACCUGAAAAAAGUACAAAAAAUAUUCAGGAGUGCGAAGAGCUUGUCGAGAAACAUAUGAAGAGCAAAGAGAAAGAAGAAGCAGAAUUAGAAAAAUUGAUGGCUGACCUAAGUAGAAAAACGGAACCACUGGCAAAUGAACGUUCGAAGCUUGAGAAGACAUUGAUAUCUCUAAGAAAAGACGUUGAUCAAGCUCAAGCAACGUUUAAUAUUGCUCAAUCCGAACUAGAACUGUACAUGUCAGUUGAAUUGAAGGAAAAAGAAAAAUUAGAAAAGUUAAGACAGUCGUUGAAAUCGACAACAAACAAUUUGAAUGCACGGGAGGAAGAACUGAAAAGUUUAACAAAUAAAAUUCCUCACACUGAACAGAAAUUGGCAGAAGCGCAACAGGAAUGGCAAACGGUGAAAACGAAAGAUGUUGAAAUGAGUUCAAAAUUGAGAGACAGGAGAAUUUCGUUUGAAGAACAGAGGGCAGCUAUGCAAGCGAACAGGUCAAGAAACAGAAUUGUAGAUACUUUAAUGCGUGAGAAAAGGGAAGGCAGAAUUCCUGGCGUUUUUGGAAGAUUAGGUGAUCUCGGUGCUAUAAAUGGGAAAUACGACGUCGCAAUUUCGACAGCAUGUGGUCCUUUGGACAAUAUCGUAGUCGACACAGUCGCGACCGCGCAAGCGUGUAUCAUGUUCCUUCGGCAGAACGAUAUAGGACGCGCAACGUUCAUACCGUUAGAAAAACAACAACGCUUUUUAUCAAAAUGCAAAGAAAAGAUACGAACACCAGAGAAUGUGCCAAGGCUCUUCGAUCUUAUACAGGUUGAAGAUGAAAGAGUUUUGCCGGCAUUUUAUUAUGGAUUACAAGAUACGUUGGUUGCGAAUGAUUUGGAUCAAGCAACGCGUAUCGCGUAUGGACAGCAACGUUUCAGGGUAGUUUCGUUGAAAGGCGAGUUAAUUGAAUUGUCAGGCACAAUGAGCGGAGGUGGCAAGACGGUAUCCAGAGGUAGAAUGGGACAAAAAGUUGUGAGAAAUGAACUAUCAGCGGCGGAUAUCGAAAAGCUAGAACUAGAUUUGUCUAAACUCAGCGAAGAGUGCAAUCAAUACAGAGCCAGAGGUCAAGAGUUAGAAAAUCAGGUUCAUAGUUUAAAUGUAAGUUUAAAGGAUAUGAAAGUUAAUAAAGAGAAGUUACGUAUCGAUGUGAAGGCGUUACAAGAAGAGAAGGUAUCGCUGUUAGCUCAAAUUAAGGUGCAAGAACAGAAAGCUAAGGAUUCAGUGUCGGAUCCUAGAAAAGUUGAGCAGUUAGAAAAAGCGAUGAACGGUGCCAAGAAAAACCUGGAAAAAGUAAGCGAAAAUUCGAGCGCUAUUGAAAGCCAAGUGAAUCGUAUCAAUAAAGAAAUAGAGGAUUUAUCAGGCGGCUCUGUAAAAGAAAAGCAAAAACAUAUAGCUAGUUUGAAUAAAGCGAUUGAUAAAGGUAAAGCUGAAAUAUGUAGAUUGCAAGUGGCUAUCAAAACAGCUGAAAGAAAUGUAAAGAAACUUGAACGACAAAUAGAAACCUUAGAAAACGAUAUACAUAAUAGUGAGCAAAGACUUCGCGAUAUUCAAAAAGAAAGACAAGAAUUAGAAGAAAAAGGUCGAGAAUAUUUAAAACUACUGGAAGAACUUAAGCAAGGGCUUUCAGAAAGAGAUGAAGCCAUGUCAUCAUUUAAGGAAGAACUGAACGGUUUACAAACCAGAGAAAAUAAGUUGAAAGCAAUUAAGAUUGAUCUCGAUCAGAAAUUAAAAGAGCACAAGAGCAUAAUGAAAGAAUUAAAACAUACGAUUCCAGAACUCACGAAAAGAAUAGCUGGCAUGAAACUUCAAGUAAUACCUGGUAAGAACACUGAGGAGUUGAAGAACUUCACGGAGGACGAACUCAGUAUGUUAGAUGCAAAUGCUCUUGUAGCUAAUUUACAAAAAACUAAGAAAAGAUUACCUGCGGAAGUACCGAAUAUGCAAGUUAUCGAGGAGUAUAAAGAAAAAGACGCAUUGUAUUUGCAACGUGCGGCGGACGUGGAAAAAAUGACGGUCGAACGCAAUAGAAUGCGAGAGAUUUACGAAACAGCAAGACGUCGCAGAAUUCAAGAAUUCCUAGCUGGUUUCACUAUCAUCACCGACAAAUUGAAAGAAAUGUAUCAAAUGAUCACGUUAGGCGGUGACGCGGAACUGGAAUUAGUCGAUUCUUUGGAUCCUUUCAGCGAGGGCAUCGCUUUUAGUGUGAGACCUCCUAAGAAAUCUUGGAAAAACAUUUGCAAUCUCAGCGGUGGUGAAAAAACUCUGAGCUCUCUCGCGCUCGUGUUCGCGCUCCAUCAUUAUAAGCCGACUCCUUUAUAUUUUAUGGACGAAAUAGAUGCCGCGUUGGAUUUCAAAAAUGUUUCUAUCGUCGGCAAUUACAUUAAGGAGAGGACAAAAAAUGCUCAAUUCAUAAUUAUAUCUUUGCGAUCUAAUAUGUUCGAACUUGCCGAUUAUCUAGUUGGGAUAUACAAAACGUACAAUUGUACAAAAUGCGUUACGAUCGACGUUGGAAAAUAUUAUGAAAAUAGUGGUAUUGCCCCUCCGUCACAGGUCACUUCCAAGUCGCAGUAUUCACAGAUGCAGAAAUUCAGAAUACAAACUCAAACUCAAACCAGAGAAAAUUGUACACCGAUAAGUGUGCAAUCUGAUAAAGAUCGAGAUCCAAGUACAGACCUUUUAUCCCAAUUGCCCCCGCUAGGAUUAUGUCCAACACCAGAGAAAGUACCACCCAACAAUGUAACGGAGAAUAACAUAAAGGAAGCUACUCAUACAAGACAUUUAAAGAAAAAACGAAAAUUAUGAAAUAUUUACUUUGAUUAAUAUCUUUAACCAUGGAGACAAGGAGAGUAUAUAUUAUUCUCCGAUGGAUUUAUAAUUAGUGGCCUAUAAAAAAUUUAAUUUUAUUCGACAUGACUCUUUAAUUUACUAUUUAUAACUAUUCUUUUCUACGAUCAACCUGAAAAGUAAGUCAGCAAUAUAGUUAUUAAACGCAACUUAAAGUGUUUCAAUACUAACCAUAUUUAUAGUUAUAUGUAUAUAAUUCUAUAAAAGAAUACAGAAUUUAAUUUUCAAAAUAAAUAAUUAUAUAUGUACAACAUACCGGUAUAUAAGACACAUUAUACUUGCACUGAAACUACAAAGAGAUGAUUUAAUAUCUGAUUACAAAUGUGUCAUUCAUUCAUUCAAAAGAUGCAGAGCAUUGAUGAAUUGGGAAAGCCAAAAUUGAAUCAUCCGUUUUUUGUAUGAACUAACUAAUCUGUUUGUACAUUACACUUGGCUUGUAAAAAAAACACAUAAAAACGUUUAAAAUAUUUUUAGAAAUGAGCAUGUAAAUAAAUAUUAUUUUGAUAUACUUUUUU